AGUCUCUCAUUUGUUAAGUAAUAGGCUGAUAGCUGAAAAAUCCAUACCUCUCUCUCUCUCUCUCUCUCUCUCUCUCUCAUGGCGAAAGAUCGAAACGGAAAACUGUCAGAUAGAAAUGGCAGAGAAGAAGACGAAGAGGAAGGGAAGGGAAAAGAUGAAGCGCCUUCGAAGAGGAUUCACGGGAAGGGAUCCAAAAGGAGAAGAAAGGAAGAAGUAUCCGACGACGAGAACUCUGAUUCCGGUUCCGAUUCUGAUAGCGGUGAAGACGAGAGGGAGCGUAGCCGAGACAGAAAGGUGAGUAGAAGCAAGCACAAGCGGAGACGGAGAAGCUCCGAUAGAAGAUCUCGAAGGCGCCGUGGCGAGGACGAUGAGCCUUCAUUGUCGCAUUCUUCUGAUUAUUCAGAUUCUGAAGAUUCCUCUACUGAUUCCAAAUCAGAUGCUUCUGAUUACUCCUCUGAGGAGAGUGAGAGUGAAGAUGAGCGGCGGAGGAGGAAGCAGAGGGAACGGAGGAAGAGAAAGGAGAGGGAGAUUGAGAAGGAGAGACGUAGACGACGCCGAAGGGAACGUGAGAAGGAGAAGGACAGGAAAGGGAGGAAGAGAGAUAAAGACGAGGUGAAGAAGAAGCAUGAGCAUAAGAAGAAAAAGAAGGAUAAAGGAAAGGAGGCUGGGAAGAAGGGAGCGGUGACGAAUUUAUGGGGGAAGUACGGCAUUAUCAGGGAAACCGACAUGUGGAACAAACGACCAGAGUUUACAGCAUGGUUGGCUGAGGUGAAACAGUUUGAACUGCAGGUAAACCUGGAAACCUUGCCUAAUUGGGAAGAGAAGCAAAUGUUCAAACAAUUCAUGGAGGACCACAAUACAGCUACCUUUCCUUCAAAGAAGUAUUAUGAUUUGGAUGCCUAUCACAGGCGUAAAAUGGAGAAAGAAAUUAAGAGAGGAAUUAAAAAGCUCCCAGUCACUGAACGUACGGUGUUCAAUGAUGAAGAACAGCGUCGGCAAGAACUGCUACGAGAGCGUGAAAGACAGAAGGAGGAACAGGUGGAAACUCUAAAGCGCUCUAUGCAGAGUGGAAUGGCACAAGCUAUGAAAGAGCAAGCUCAACUCAGGGAAGAAAUGGCUUACCAAUACAAGAUCGGAAAUUCUGAGGCUGCGGCUGCAAUUCAGAGAAGAUUGGACCCAGAUGUUGCUAUGUAAGAAGCUCAUUGAUGCAAAACGCUGUGGGUGUUUGGUGUUGGUACCCUCUAGACUCUAGUCCUUAUUCGGAUGCUCAUUCUCAAUGGGAAGGGGUACCACACAUUUCUUGAUUUGCUUAUUUUGACUUGUGGAUGAUAUACACUAUAGAUCAUUUUUUUUUUUUUUUUUGGAAACACUAUAGAUCUUAGUUAUUUGUUUUUAAAUUUUAACCUUUCGGUGAAUUGGUUCAUUUGAUCUCUUGAUGUGAAGUCACCAAAGGACAUACUCUUUUGAACUUAAUAUUAAAGUAGAUGAUAUAUCUUUGGGGAUAGAAUCUUAAUAUAAACUUAUUGAAUCAGAA